GCAGCCUCUAUACCUCCACACUCUUUCUACGCUCCGACACUAGUGUUGUACUGGCCUUCUCAUGCUUCUUGGAAGCACUUAGUAUGGCAAGCUCUCAAGUCAUCUCCGAGCCUUCCCCACGGAAAACAGUACCGACGACGUUCAUGUUCUCGACCUUAACCAUCACUGGUUCGAAGCUUCCAAACCCUAUAACCUUGACCAGAUCAGAGGACUUCCCACCUCAUAAACUGGAUUUCGAUGAAGAUGGAUAUGUGCCGACGAUGAAGUGGUGUCCAUCACAGGGUCCUCAAGGAGCAGGUCACCUGUCUCUGAAGAUGGGGAAGCGCAUUUCCGGGGGCGGAGGCGGCGUCGCUUAUGAGGCAGAGGUCUUAACAUCUGAUGCGGAGGGAAGCAGCGUCACACCCUCCGAUCCGUCUCCCCUCGAACAAAAGCUUUGCAUCAAGGUGGCACGAGCCAAUCGUUGCCGUACGCUCGCAAGGGAAGCGUGGAUGUACAGGAAGCUUAGCGGGCUACGGGGCAUCAUUGCGCCCCACUUCUACGGUUUCUUUGCUGUUGAUCUUCCCGAGACACACCGGCCGUUUCCCCCAAAAGAUGACCUUGUCCGCUUGGAAAGGGAUGAUCCAACAGUCGACGAAUUUCUACCGGAUGAUGAUCCGGUGGACGGGCAGGGAGGCAGAGACCGCUCGAAGUGGUGCGAAUGGCGGCCGAACACCGACGCACCAAUACUGGCCGUCCUCGUCAUGUCAAGAGGAGGCAAGACAUACUCUGGGAGGGACCACUAUGAUUCGUCCAUGCGGGAAGAAGUCCGCAAGGUACUCGACGACUUGUCACGCGCGUCCCUGUUACAUGGAGACUUGCGCCCGGCCAAUCUCGUCCGCGCCCCCGCAGACACGAUACCAUGCGAUUUGCACCAGUGUGUUCACAAAUGGAACGUCAUCGACCUUGCUCGAUCUGACGCUGUGGAUAUCCCUGUGGAUAAUGCGCUUUACUCAAAGCCUGAUAGAACCCCAGAAGAGGAGAUGAAUGUUAGGACGUGGAGUUUUUUCGUAGAUUUGCAACAGUCAGGCUACAAGACUGAACAUUUUGCCUUAUGAUGACGCUGAUACCAAUAAUAAUACUCUUUUGUAGUCUCGCC